CAGCGGUGGAUCGUACCGUUUAAAAAAAAAGGAGCCCUUGGAUUGCAGUGAAUUGAAAAUGGAGAACGAUUUCUCUUCGCUUUUAGAGCAGUUCAUGUCCAGUCCUUUGGUAACUUGGGUCAAGACUUACGGACCGUUAUCUCCAGCAAAUGGGGGUGUACUUUCCGAGUACGUGGAGUUGGUGGACGGGUUUUUUCUCAGUAACCUGAUGGUCCAGAUAAACGCUAAAUCAGUAAAUCAAAGAUUAAACAAGAAAGUCAACAAUGAUGCAGCACUUCGAAUUCAAAAUUUAUCUACUCUGGUGCAGCAUAUCAAAUUAUACUACCAGGAGAAUCUACAACAGCUGAUCAUGAUGUCGCUUCCAAAUGUCCUUGUUCUGGGCCGAAGCCCUCUUACAGAGCAUGGCAUUGAAGAAAUGAAGAAGCUUCUGUUACUUUUACUCGGCUGUGCUGUUCAGUGUGAAAGAAAAGAAGAGUUUAUUGAGAAGAUCCAAAACCUGGAUUUUGAUACAAAAGCUGCUGUUGCAAUCCAUAUUCAAGAGGUGACUCACAAUCAGGAGAAUGUAUUUGACUUGCAAUGGAUGGAAUUAGCAAACCUCUCCCAGGAAGACCUUGAUUCUCUGUCAAGGAAUUUGGUAUUCCAUCUAAAGAGGCUUGUGGAUGAGAGAGAUGAACAUACCGAGACAAUCCUGCAGCUCACACAAGAUCGUGACUGCACCCAAUCUCCAGUCCGUGGAAUAGCUCAGUCACCUACCAGCUCACCAGGAAUGCAUCGAACUGAGAGCAGACAACAUCUGUCAGUUGAGCUGGCAGACACUAAGGCAAAACUCAGGCGGAUCAGACAGGAGAUGGAAGAGAAAACUGAACAAUUGAUGGACAGUAAGCAGGAGCUGGAGCAGAUGGAAGUUGAAUUAAAAAGACUUCAACAAGAGAACCAGCAACUUCUUUCUGAUGCUCGCUCAGCUAGAGCAUAUCGUGAUGAGCUUGAUUCAUUGCGUGAAAAAGCAAUUAAAGUUGAUAAGCUUGAAAGUGAAGUCAUCCGAUACAAAGAGCGACUCCAUGACAUAGACUUUUAUAAGGCGAGAACUGAGGAGCUAAAAGAAGAUAACAAAAUCUUGUUGGAGACGAAAGCAAUGUUGGAGGAUCAACUGGAGGGAGCCCGUGCUCGUUGUGACAAACUGCAUGAGUUAGAGAAAGAGAGCCUACAGUUAAUGGCUAAAUUGCACGAUAUGGAGAUGGAACGUGACACGGACAGGAAGCGAAUUGAGGAACUGCUGGAAGAAAACUUGACUCUAGAAAUGGCUCAAAAACAAAGCAUGGAUGAAUCACUCCACCUAGGGUGGGAAUUAGAGCAGCUAUCCAAAUGUACUGAGCUCUCUGAGGGUACACACAAAUCCCUUGGUCAGGAGGUGAAUGAAUUGACUUCAAGUCGAUUGCUUAAAUUGGAGAAAGAAAACCAGAGUUUGAUAAAAACUGUGGAAGAACUUCGCAAUGGCAGGGAUUCAACAGAAGAUAGUAAUUCUAAGAUUUUGGAACUGGAAAAAGAGAACCAGAGACUAAGGAAAAAGAUGGACAGACUCCAAGGAGAGAUCAGUAAUGAAAAGCAAAGUAUGCAAGAUGUUGAAAGUCUCAGUAAUGACCUUAUCAAAGAGAAGUCCCAGCUUGAAAAAACUAUCCAAACCAUUCGAGAAAACUCUGAGAGACAGAUUGAAGUAUUGGAGCAAGAAAAUGAGCACUUGAACCAAACGAUUGCAUCUCUGCGGCAACGCACACAAAUCAGUGCAGAAGCCAGGGUGAAGGACAUUGAGAAAGAGAACAAAAUCCUCCAUGAAUCUAUUAAGGAGACAAGUGGUAAAUUGAACAAGCUAGAGUUUGAAAAGAAACAAAUCCGAAAGGAGUUGGAACAUUAUAAAGAGAAAGGAGAAAGAGCAGAGGAGCUUGAGAAAGUAUUGAGUCGCUUGGAAAGAGAAAAUGAACAGUUGCAGAAGAAAAUUACUGGUUUAAAAAUUACUUGUGAAAAAGUGGAUGCCCUGGAGCAAGAGAACUCUGAUCUGGAAGUAGAGAAUAGAAAGGUCAAGAAAUCAUUGGACAGUUUGAAAAACCUUACUGGGCAAUUAGAGGCCUUAGAAAAGGAAAACUGUCAACUUGAUGAUGAAAAUUUGCAGUUAAGGAGGACAGUGGAGAGUUUAAAGUCCACAACUAUCAAGUUGGCACAACUGGAGCUAGAGAACAAAGAACUAGAAAGUGAGAAGGACCAGCUAAAAAAGAGCCUGGAUCUCUUAAAGGCUUGUAACAAGAAAACAGAAAGACUGGAGGUAAGUUAUCAAGGUCUGGAUUUAGAGAACCAUAGACUCCAAAAGGCCUUAGAGAACAGCAGCAAAAAGAUCAAUCAGCUAGAAAAUGAACUCCAGGACUUGGAAACAGAAAAUCACAGCUUACAGAGAAACUUAGAGGAGCUGAAAAUCUCUAGCAAACAUUUAGAACAGCUAGAGAAGGAAAAUAAACUGCUGGAGCAAGAGACUGUCCAGCUGGAGAAAGACAAGAAACAGCUUGAGAAAGAAAAUAAGAGGCUACGUCAACAGGUUGAGAUCAAGGACUCGACACUUGAUGAAAACAACCUAAAAAUCGCUAGCCUUGAAAAAGAAAAUAAAUCGCUUGCCAAAGAAAUCAGCAAAUUCAAAGACUCAUUGGGACGAUUGAAAGAUUUAGAAAAAGAAAACAGAGAGCAUGUCAAACAGGCAACCAUUGAUAAGAAAACCUUACUGACACUACGUGAGGACCUGGUAAAUGAGAAAUUGCAAGCUCAGCAAAUGAACAAUGACCUUGAAAAAUUAACUCAUGAACUGGAAAAGAUUGGGUUGAACAAAGAGCGACUCCUCCAAGAUGAAGAAACCACAGAUGAAAGAUACAAACUUUUGGAGUACAAACUUGAAUCCACACUAAAACAGUCUCUGGAAAUAAAAGAAGAAAAGAUUGCUACUCUUGAAGCACGGUUAGAAGAAUCAACAAAUUUGAAUCAACAAUUACGUCAGGAGUUGAAGACGGUGAAAAAAAACUAUGAAGCUCUAAAACAGAGACACGAAGAAGAAAAAGUGGUACAGAGUUCACAAGGUAGAUCUGGUGAAGAAUUCCAGGCUACAAGUAAAUGGGAGCGAGAAAGCAAAGAAACAACACGUGAACUAUUGAAGGUUAAAGAUAGACUUAUUGAGGUGGAAAGGAAUAAUGCAACUCUUCAAGCUGAGAAACAGGCUUUCAAAACACAGAUGAGGCAACUAGAUACCCAGAAUAGCAACCUGCAAGCCCAAAUCCUUGCACUUCAGAGACAAACAGCAGCCCUGCAGGAGCACAAUACCACCUUACAGACACAGAAUGCCAAGUUACAGGUUGAAAAUUCUACACUUGGUUCCCAAAGUGCAUCCUUAAUGACGCAGAAUUCUCAGCUGCAGAUCCAACAAUCCUCCGUGGAGAAUGAGAAUGAAUCACUCAUGAAGGAAAAAGAAGAAUUUAAAUCAAUGUAUGAUUCACUCGUUAAAGAUCAUGAAAAAUUGGCAAAACUACAUGAACGCCAGGCAACAGAGUACGAAACUCUCAUCAAUAAACAUGGGACGCUGAAAUGUGCACAUAAAUAUUUAGAAGUUGAACACAAGGACCUUGAGGACAGAUACAACGAGCUACUGAAGCAAAAGGACCAAUUGGAGGAGUUGGAGAGUAUGCUGAAAAAAGAACAGGAAAAAAUGCAGCAAGACUCAAAAAAACAUGAAGCCAUGAUGGAUGAAUUCCAGAAGCUCAGUAAUGAAAAAGACAGAUUGAACCAAAUAUACAGCCAGUUGUUAAAGGAGAAUGAAGGACUGCAGUUGGACCACAAAAAUCUAAAAAGCUUAUUGAAUUGCGCCAAGCUAGAGCAAACCCGAUUGGAAGCUGAUUUUGCCAAAUUGAAGGAGCAGUACCAACAGUUGGAUAUCACUUCCACUAAAUUAAACAACCAAUGUGAGCUUUUAAGCCAACUAAAAGGGAAUCUUGAGGAAGAAAACAGACAUCUACUAGACCAAAUCCAGACCUUGAUGUUGCAGAACAGGACAUUGUUAGAACAAAGCAUGGAAAGUAAAGAUCUGUUCCAUGUGGAGCAAAGACAAUAUAUUGAUAAACUGAAUGAACUUAGGCGACAGAAGGAAAAACUUGAAGAGAAGAUUAUGGAUCAGUACAAAUUCUAUGAACCUUCACCCCCACGGAGAAGGGGCAAUUGGAUUGCGAUCAAGAUGAAAAAGUUAAUAAAGCACAAAAAGGAAGGCAACCGAGAACGCAUCAAAUCUCUGACAAAUACUCCAACCAGAUCAGAAUCCAGUGAUGGAUUUCUUCACCUACCUCACCAAGACAGUCAAGAUAGCUCUUCUGUGGGUUCUAACUCUCUUGAUGACAAUCAGGCCUCCAAGAAAAGCAGCAUGGCUGCACUGAAAAGGCUGCCCUUUAUGAGGAACAGACCGAAGGAUAAAGACAAAAUGAAGGCCCUCUACCGUCGCUCCAUGUCCAUGAAUGAUCUGCUGCAGUCCUUGGUCUCAGCAGGAGCCCAAUGGUCAGGCAGUUCUGAAAAUUUGGAGGGGCAUAAUGAGGUGCCUGGCGGGCAGAGGAGAACAGAACUGAGGUCCAUGGCCUUUUCCACAACCGCUAUCAACCUAGCUGCGGCAAACUCUUCUGGCUUCAGAUCCAAGCAGAAACUUAAGCAUAAAGGUGUUACGUCGCAUGAAGACUUAUUAUCCCAUAGAAGCAACCUUGACGAUUGCCGCACCGGAUCAAGAAGUCAAGAAGGGUUACAAGAUAAUUAUUAUGGAAACACUCCAGCUCCUUCUGUUCUUGGCAGCUCUACAAUGUGCAGAGUGCCUUGUCACAUUUGUUCUUCCAGACCAACCAGCCUUGAUAGUAGCAGGACAUCCAGUAGCAAUAACAAUAAUAAUGCCCACGAUGUAAAAGCAGGUGCGAUUAAUGGCAACCGCAGUAGGUCCCAAAGCCACAGCAGUGAAGAAUAUGGUCUGAUUCACGACCAUCAAGUGUCCUCAAGCAGUAGCACUCCAACCCAGAGUGCUGGUCAUCAUGCAAAAUGUUUGGAAAAAUACAGCCCAUCCCUCCAACAGAAAGAAUCUAGGAUGGAUGAUACCAAACGUCAUUCUCGACAGAGAAGUAAAACUACAUCUCCGGGAAGUGAAGUGGUCACCUUGCAACAGUUUCUGGAGGAAAGUAACAUAAACCCAUCCUCACAGUCUUCAAGUCAUGAGAAUCUUCUAGAUGAUUACUUCACAAAAGGCACUGAUCUACCUGAACUCAUUGGAACUGAGAAGCUGGAUGUUACUGAUAAUUCUGCUACAGUUAGGGGAUCUGGUGGGAAAGAGACUGCAUACUUUUCCAGUGGCAAAUCACAAAAGUCUGGACAUUAUGUAAAGUCCAGUCUUCAAAAACCAGACGGUUGCUGUGUUACAAGCACUCCUGUAGAAACAACAAUUCAAACCCAGGGAAAGACCGGAUCUUCCUGUGAACUGGAAAUUAUGUCACAGCAACCCUCCCAAGCACCAGACUGCAGUGCGUCUCCUAUUUUACCCCGUGCAAGUCACGUGAUCUCCACAGCAGAGGGCUCAAGUCGAAGAACCAGUAUCCAUGAGUUCAUGUCAAGAGACAGUAGACCACCUGUGUCAGUAGAUCCAUCUCCAGCCAAGGUGGUAAACAGCACUCGGACACUACCCAAAAGAAAAGUCUCCUUCAAACUCUCAAUUUGAAGCCUGUAGAUCUGAAGUACCAAGACUGUCUACAAAAAGAAAUGUUACUCAUGCAUUACGUGAUGAAUCCUAGUCAAGAAGCACCAUUCAAUAAACCCAUAGUGAGCCACCUACUCUUCCUUGAAUCAAGGAGCACAGUUGGACUCCAAUGUUAUAAGAAACUUUCAUGGGAGUGACUUUGGUUUUUGCAAAUAUGCACGGUUUCAUGGAAUUUCACCAGAGUUCAAAUGAGAUGCACAAGAGAAUCCAUCACAUGUAGGUGCCAAAAACAGUUUCAGAAACUGUUUCUUCAUUUAACAGAUUAGAAGCCUGACCCAUCUUAUUUCAAGCUUCAGCUUUAAAUUUUCAUUGGAGGUCAAAAUAUCCCACAACUAUGGCGGCUUUACCAUUUGCAAAAGCAUGCAGAGACUGCUUUUUGUGAAACUGCACUGUGUGCUGCAUAAUCGAGAUACAAGGGGAAAUGAGCUUGUGGUAUUUUGCACUGGCUUUAGGGUUACUGCAUACUGCAUGAUGCUGCAGUAGCUCUUCUUNAAAAAAACAAAGUCACGUUUUGGCAUAUAUUGCCAUAAAGUUUAUUUUCUUUCUGUACCAUAACGCUAAUAAAAUCUUAAAACUUCACACAA